UCUAUAUAUAUAUGCAUGCUGCUGUCCUUGGGAGGAGUGGGGCCACGUAGCCCCGUAGGAGCCUUGUUGUGUGCUAAGCAUUGAGUGAGGUCAGCUCUAGGAGGCUUGGCGCUGCGCUUGCGGGAACAUUAUGCCCUCCUGAAGGAGGGAGGGAGAGUGUGUGAUCUAGUGAUUAUGCAGUGCCUGGCCACCAGGAAGCCCUCAGUAGCCCUCCCGGAGUGAAUAAGGUUUGAUGACUGAGGAAGCAGGGCUGGAUGGAGAGGGCUGUUCUGCUGUCUCCCCCUGCCUCCCCUGGGCGCCUGCGAAUAAAAGACACUGGGUUCCCUAGGAGAGGCCCCAGGCUUAAUAAUUGUCCAGAAGGCAGCUAUAAAGGGAGCCUGGGAGGCUGAGUGGAGGAGGGAGCUGAAAAAAGACAACUCAGCAGAUCUGGGCACUGAGAGCCGCAGCAGGAGCCCGCUCAGAGGCUGUGCGUCCUGCCUGGCGGGACCUGCUCUUCCCCACCAUGGCAGGCCAAGGCUAUGGCUACUACCGCACUGUGAUCUUCUCGGCCAUGUUUGGGGGCUACAGCCUGUACUACUUCAACCGCAAGACCUUCUCCUUUGUCAUGCCAGCACUGGUGAACGAGAUCCCUUUGGACAAGGAUGAUUUGGGACUCAUCACCAGCAGCCAGUCGGCAGCCUAUGCCAUCAGCAAGUUUGUGAGCGGGGUGCUGUCCGACCAGAUGAGUGCUCGCUGGCUCUUCUGCUCCGGGCUGCUCCUGGUUGGCCUGGUCAAUGUAGUCUUUUCCUGGAGCUCCACAGUACCUGUCUUUGCCGCUCUUUGGUUCCUUAAUGGCCUGGCACAGGGGCUGGGCUGGCCCCCCUGUGGGAAGAUCCUGCGGAAGUGGUUUGAGCCAUCUCAGUUUGGCACCUGGUGGGCCAUCCUGUCAGCCAGCAUGAACCUGGCCGGAGGGCUGGGCCCCAUCCUGGCCACCAUCCUUGCCCAGAGCUACAGCUGGCGCACCACGCUGGCUCUAUCUGGGACACUAUGUGUGGCUGUCUCCUUCCUCUGUCUCCUGCUCAUCCACAAUGAACCUGCUGACGUUGGACUCCGCAACCUGGACCCUACUCCCUCCAAGGGCAAGAAGGGUUCCUCGAAAGAGGACAGUACCCUGCGGGAGCUGCUCCUGUCCCCCUACCUGUGGGUGCUCUCCACAGGCUACCUUGUGGUGUUUGGAGUAAAGACUUGCUGCACAGAUUGGGGCCAGUUCUUCCUUAUCCAGGAGAGAGGACAGUCCGCUCUCGUGGGUAGCUCCUACAUGAGUGCCCUGGAGGUCGGGGGCCUUGUGGGCAGCAUCGCUGCUGGCUACUUGUCAGACCGAGCCAUGGCAAAGGCGGGGCUGUCUGCCUACGGGAACCCGCGCCAUGGCCUGCUGCUGUUCAUGAUGGCUGGCAUGACUGCGUCCAUGUACCUCUUCCGGGUAACGGUGACCAGCGACUCCCCCAAGGAAGAUGCUUUCUGGACUCCUGCUCUCCACCCUCUCGCUGAGCUCACAGGCUUUACAGAACAGGAGAUCUGGAUCCUGCUCCUGGGUGCUGUGUUUGGCUUCUCCUCCUAUGGUCCCAUUGCCUUGUUCGGAGUCAUAGCCAAUGAAUGUGCCCCUUCCAACUUGUGUGGCACCUCUCAUGCCAUUGUAGGACUAAUGGCCAAUGUGGGUGGCUUUCUGGCCGGGCUGCCCUUCAGUACCAUCGCCAAACACUACAGUUGGAGCACAGCCUUCUGGGUGGCGGAAAUGAUUUGUGCAGCCACUACAGCUGGUUUCUUCCUGCUCCGAAACAUCCGCACCAAGAUGGGUCAAGUGCCCAAGAAGGCCGAGUGAAGAGUGCUGGCUCUGGAGUACGCUGUCACCUGUGGCUACCCUGCACACUCAGGCCUGCAGCAAGGGGGGCUGCCCUGGCUAGCGCUGAGCCUUUCAGCAUCCAGCUCUAUAUCCCGUCUUUCCCCCAGGUCGCACUGGAAGUUAUCAGUGGCUAAUGAGGUGUCAGCUCCCCAUCCUAGGCUCUAUUUAAAAGACAACCUUUGUUCUUGGACUCCAUUAGCUAUUUUCUGCUAAUCAGUUCAUUUCCAAACUGGAAACUGGAUGUGGAUUUACCCUUUUGUAUCUCCUAAGCCUUGUCCUACCCCAUCUUACCCAUCCUUAUCUGAACCAAGGCUGUCCUCUCCCUGCAGCUGAGGGGCACUAAUGACUUGUGACUUCUGCUAUGCCCUGAGGCCUCCCGGCAGUGGGCAAUAGCUUCUGCUAAUACCCGAGUCUUCAGGGGAAGAGAGGCCACCACUCUCACCAGCACCCUCCCUGGACACAACAGGGGAGUGUGUGUGGGGGGGGGUUAAGAAGACUUGUUAUAGGAUUAAAACUAGAUUUGAUACAAAA